ACUUAUUUAUUGAAUUCUAUGGUGUUGGGCGCAGUGGUUUCGUUUGCUUCAGCCUUCGGUUUCACUUCCUUUCUCUCCCUCCCCUCUCUCUCGAACUCUAAAGAGAGAUGAUCGAAGCGGAGGGCGACGAGGAAGCCGACGAAGUGAGAAGGUACCUUCCCUGAUAACUUCGAUCGCGUCAUCUUCUUUGCGCAAUCGAGAUCUUCUAGCGGUGGCGCCGAUGGCGAAGUCCGGGCCCGCGGAGUCGGGGUUGGCGGCGGCGAGGGUUGGAGAGUUGAAGAAGGAGCUGCGGCGGCUUGUGAGGGCGAUCGCGGAAGAGGACGACAGCAGGAUCGAGAAGUUCGAGGGGGCGGCGAGGGCGCUCGCGGCGCUCAAGGACCUCCGCUUCCGCGGGAGCGGGAAUUCGAAUGGGGCCCUGGCGAGCCAGCGGAAAGCGGAGACCGAAAUCGAGGCGGUGGUCGUCCCGGAGCACUUCUUGUGCCCCAUCUCCGCGGAGCUGAUGAGGGAUCCCGUCGUCGUCGCCUCCGGACAGACCUACGACAGGGCUUUCAUCGAGGAAUGGCUGAGUUCUGGGAACCGAACUUGCCCGCAGACUCAGCGGGUCCUCUCCGACACCACCCUCACCCCCAAUCACCUCGUCCGCAGCAUGAUCUCCCAGUGGUGCAUCGAGCACGGCGUCACCCUCCCUCCACUGGACCAGGGGCAAGAGGAAGGGUUGAUCACAGGAAAGGAGCGGAACGCGCUCAGGAGGAUCUUCGACAAGAUGUCCUCUUCUUCCUCCGUCCCGGAACAGAAGCAAGCGGUCAGGGAGCUCCGCCUGCUCACCAAGCGUAACCGGUCGUUUCGCGCACUCGUCGGGGAGAAUCCCGACACGAUCCCGCAGCUGCUGUCGGUUCUGUCUGCUCCUGGAUUGAGGUGCGAUCCCGAGGUGCAAGAGGAUACCGUGACGACGAUCCUCAACCUCUCGAUCCACGACAGCAAUAAGAAGAUCGUGGGAGACAACCCCCAAGCCAUCCCUUUGCUCAUCGAUGCUCUGCAGACGGGGACGAUGGAGACCCGUAGCAACGCCGCCGCAGCGCUCUUCAGCUUAUCUGCCCUCGACUGCAACAAGCUCAAGAUAGGCGAGUCGGGGGCGAUGAAGCCGCUGGUGGAUCUGCUGGAACAAGGCAGCCCGAGCGCCAAGAAGGACGCAGGAUCCGCCAUUUUCAACCUGUGCAUGGUUCACGAGAACAGGGCGAGGGCGGUGAGGGGUGGGGCGGUGGGCGUGGUCUUGAAGGCCAUCGGUCACCACUCGCUCGUGGACGAGUCGCUGGCGAUCCUCGCGCUGCUGUCGAGCGACCAAGACGCGGUGGAGGAGAUCGCGAGGGCCGGCGGCGUGCCACGCUUGCUCGGCAUCGUAAGGGACAGCCCGUGCGCGCGGAACAAGGAGAACGCAGCCGUCGUUCUCUUCUCUAUCUGCAUGCAUGACAGGACCAAGCUGAGGGAGGUCGGGGAGGAGGAGGAGAAGCACGGAAGCAUCUCUCGGCUGGCUCAGAACGGCACGUCGCGGGCACGCAGGAAGGCGGCCGGAAUCAUAGACAAGUGGAAGCGAGCAUCGCGCAGCACGCAUUACUCGUGUUAGGCGUCGACGUACGCAAAGAAAUAAGGAAGAUGCACAUCAUGUAAAUAAUAGCUGCUCUUUUCGUUUCAAGCUCGGUCGAGUUGUUGGGUAUAAGCGAGAAACUAUAUUGCUGUUCUACGAGUUCUUCUGAGACGUAGGAAGUAGUGAUAGUGAUAGUGUUGGUUUUGCCUCGGAAUCAGGCUGCAGGACCUGUCCUUCCUCCUCUUCAUAGAUAUGAAUAGCUUGUGCAGAUUUGCCGGUUUGCUUC